UCAUGGGAGAUUAAAUUAAACCUGUCUUCAAGCAGGAAUUUAACUCCUUCUCGCAGAAGUAGCGUUCACGUUGAGUGCUUGUCGUUACGACCAAUCGGGACUUCGUUAACACACCUGAUUCAUUUUAUUGUAUACUUGAGAGCUCUAGUGUAGUGACAUAUUGGAGACCAGAUCGCUGUGUGAUAUAGUGCGGAGAUAUGAACAUCAGACGGUUAUGGAUCAAGAUAUGUGGUUUCUGACAGGACCAUAUGGCUAGAUUUACACCGAGUGCUUGAACGGCACGCAGUGUGCUUGUGGGUACGUGUGUUGAGGGCUUCGGCGUGUAGGGCUGACUGCGGGUUUUUUGUGUAGGCAGGCCGCUGUCAUUCCGUGAAUGGUUGAGGACAGGAUCAGGAUUCUUUCUGAAGUUGUGAUCAGUUUGGACACAUGGCCUGUGUAACAUUCCAAAUGAUCGUCUUUUUAAACUGACGCUUUAUAUUUUGCCUAGUCACUUUAUGCAAGACGAGAUAUAUUCUGAACACGGAUGGUCAAUGCGAGAUAUAUGCUGUACACGGAUGGUCAAUGCGAGAUAUAUGCUGUACACGGAUGGUCAAUGCGAGAUAUAUUCUGAACACGGAUGGUCAAUGCGAGAUAUAUGCUGUACACGGAUGGUCAGUGCGAGAUAUAUGCUGUACACGGAUGGUCAAUGCGAGACAUAUUCUGAACACGGAUGGUCAGUGCGAGAUAUAUUCUGAACACGGAUGGUCAAUGCGAGAUAUAUGCUGUACACGGAUGGUCAGUGCGAGAUAUAUGCUGUACACGGAUGGUCAGUGCGAGAUAUAUGCUGUACACGGAUGGUCAAUGCGAGAUAUAUUCUGAACACGGAUGGUCAAUGCGAGAUAUAUGUUGAACACGGAUUUUCAAUGCGAGAUGUAUGCUGAACACGGAUUUUCAAUGCGAGUUGUAUGCUGAACACGGAUUUUCAAUGCGAGAUAUAUGCUGAACACGGAUUGGCAAUGCGAGAUAUAAUCUGAACAUGGAUGGUCAAUGCGAGAUAUAUACUGAACACGGAUGGUCAAUGCGAGAUUUAUUCUGAACACGGAUGGUCAAUGCGAGAUUUAUCCUAAAAACAGAUAGAGAACUUGAAAUAUGGUCUAAACGCGGAUAGCGAGUGCGAGAUAUAUUCUGAACACGGAUGAUGACGGCGAGAUAUAUUCUGAACACGGGUGAUGACGGUUGAUGACGGCAGAAUAUGUGUGAAUCAAGGUUCCACGAACACAGACGUUGACAAAACACAACAGAUACUACAAGAAAUGAAUGUAUUCACGAAAGGUAAACACAUCAUGUCUGUCUUGAGAAGGGUUGAUGCAAUACACAGUAGACAUCACUGCAGAUCCUGCUGAUCAGUUUGAAACCAUGGUUCGGAUGUGGUUUGAAGAAGACUGUCCAAUAUAUGGGCAAAAAUGUCAUUCAGCGUCCAAAUCACCAAUAUGAAUUUCAGAAGGAAAUUCCUAUCCCAAGACUGACGGUAAGUUCGUGAAGUCCAGGGUGUUGGGUACAUCAAGGAGACCGUAUCUAGUGUGUAUCUUGUUCUGACAUGACGACUAUACAAGCUCUGUGCGGGGAACUCUUUGUCCCGACUGACACACCUAAGAAGGUGGGAAGAUAUAUUUUGGGGAAGAUUCUCGGAGAAGGCCGACAGUCUACGGUCAGAGAAGCUAUCCACCAGGAUGUGAAUGAAAAGGUGGCUGUGAAAUCCUUCCUCAAGUACCGUUCCAGCAAAGGAGAUACCCAGAGACAGUGUUUCCGCCGCGAGGUGGACAGCCUACGCUGUCUCCGUCACCCGAACGUCGUGGUGCUGUAUGAGACGAUGGAGACAACGAGGCACAUGUAUCUCGUCCUGGAACUGGUGGAUGGCCCAACACUGGCAAAGGUGCUGAGACACAGGGGCCCUCUCUGUGACGACGACGCGAGGACGACGAUGACGCAGCUGGCGUCAGCUGUCACUCACCUACAUCACAACGACGUCGUUCACCGAGACAUCAAACCGGCCAACAUAUUAGUCCGCAAAGAAAAUAUGCACAUCACACUCAUAGACUUCGGUUUGAGUACACGGUUCCGCGUGGAGUCCCCUCUAACCCGCCAGUGUGGGACGCCAGUCUACACGGCGCCUGAAGUGUACUCGGGUGCACGGUAUGGGCCGCCAGUCGAUGUAUGGAGUUUAGGGGUCAUGUUGUUUGAAAUGCUGACUGGGAAGCCUCCGUUUGUGUCGGACCGGCCGAGGAGCAUGACACAACUGUAUGGGUGUAUACUCAAGACUGUCGUCGUCCCACAUAGCCUACAGCAAGAUUGUGCUGAGCUCGUGAAAUCCCUUCUCAACAUCGACCCGCUCAGCCGACCCACCAGUGCCCAGGUCUCGAGGCACCCUUGGCUGUGUCGAGCCAAUGAUGCAACACCGAACAGUUGAAGCGACGGGAGUGUCAACUCAAGUAUUCACGUUCAUUCCGAGAGACAGAGCUCGUCACACACAAAACAGAGCAAAACAGACGUUCAUGAACAAUGCAAGAGUGUCCUGUUAAAGUCGGAGCGCUCUCCAGAUUUGUCAUGGACAGCAGCGGUUUGUUGCGAGUGUUGACAGGGUGACAAGAGUGACCUCCCCUUAUUGUGCCCCGUAAGACGAACUGAUCUUCAAUAUGUUCUUUGAUCAUGAAUGGACGAUUGUGAAUCGACUUCAACCCUUAUUAUAAAUGCCUAAGAAAUGUUUGGGAAUGAUAUAUGAUCAGUAUUUCAUAUCACAUCGAAAACCAUAAAUAUAUGAAAAAUAUAAAUAAAUGGAACAAUUAUGUAUAGUGGACUUGUAUUCAAUUUCGUUUGUUACCUUAUAGAAUACAAUUGACCAAGAGUUACGUCCCUUAGGUGUGCAAGAAUCCGGUGAUUGUUGGUUCGAAUCUCGGAUUCACACUGGUCAGGGGUCAUGAUUCGUCAGCACAAUGUCUAUAAUCUGUCAGCCAGUGUCUCGUUUCGUGGUUCUCACAAUCUAAAGAGGUAAACCUCAAAGACUUGCAUCACAUCGGGAUUCCCCCCACAUCCGACUGAUACGCCGUGAUAUGUCUGAAAUACUGUUCAAAGCGGCGUUAAACGUUAAACUCAACUCACUGACUCUUUAUACCUACCGACAAGAGUUCGAUACUUAAGAAACACUCACUGUUUCUCACAUACAUGGUAAAUGGUUUCAUCAGCACACCUGUUUACGCCUAUUUACAUCUGACGAUCUACGAACAAUUAUUUUAUGCGAAUGAAAAACAUAUUUUGUGUCCCU